AAUUAUGAAAUCCUGUUUCCUUCGAGAAGUGACCGGUGAGGUUACUGCAAGGUUCGGUGUCGAAUAAAAUUGCUACUGCCUCGGUACCUGUGCCAUCGGUAAACUUCGGCAACCUGUGUUGCAGACUUUCAUUUUGUUGGCCACUGUCGCUGCAGUACUUGCGUAUCCGUGAGAGUGGAGGACUAUCUGCUUUUCAAAAGGCGAGCUGUAGUAUCCAAAUCAACAUACAAUUCACCAUGGCCGCUUCCAUCUUUGAUGGAUGCUCCGACACAUGCGGCUGGAUAGCCGCUGUUCUAGCGGUGUUAAGCUUUGGAAGCUUUGGUGUCCCGAUCAAGCUCGCCGGCAAGGUUGAAGUGCACCCGCUGGUUAUGCAAAGCUAUAAGACGUCCGUCUGCUUUUUGACAUGCUGGUUGGUAAUUCUUUUGGGCGAGGAACCACGAUGGACUCCGUACGGUAUUGUUUCGGGGCUCUUUUGGGUACCCGGCGCCGCUAUGGGGAUCUUUGGUAUUCGUAAUGCCGGUUUGGCAGUGGCUGUGGGAACUUGGAGCUCCAUUACGGUCCUGACCAGCUUCUUUUUCGGAAUCAUUGUAUUUCAAGAGCGUGUCAAGAGCUUUUACCAGACAUGCUUGGCAUUUGGUUGCCUCAUCAUUGGUUUGAUUGGUAUGAGCCGGUUUUCGGCACACCAGCAACAAGUGGAUACGUUGGCUGUUUCUUACCGAUCCGUCAAGACUGCAGCUUCGCAUCCUCUUGGCCUUGGUCAAAAGUUGAAACGUGCUGGUUCCACAAUAGCGGAAAACUCGAUCACAGUUCCGCUCGUUGGAGCCUCGGGCGUUAUUCCGAUGGAAAUCGAGCCAUUUGCAACGGAUGGGGAAGACAUUGUUAUGGGCACGUACGACGAUGCCAAAUCGGUGUUAAGCAAGGAUCGUCUGGUUCUUUUUGGUGGACGAGUCUCUCUGACGAGAAGGCAAAUGGGUAUUCUUGGAGCCGUAAUCAACGGCGCAUGGGGUGGCAUGAACUUGAUUCCCUUACACUUCGCUUUGCAGGAAGAGGACAUGACUGGUGCUGGCUAUCUAAUUAGCUACGCAACUGGAUCUCUCAUUGUCAAUACAUGUAUAUGGCUGGCUUUCCUUGGCUACUACCUCCACCAAACGAACGGACACUGGAAUGAAGCAGUUGACUGUCUACCAAAAUGGCAUUUUGAGCAUUUACUAAUACCAGGUCUGAUGGCCGGUCUACUAUACAGCUUUGGUAAUUUUUGUUCUAUCCUGGCCGUCACCUAUCUCGGUCAAGGUACCGGCUUUUCUUUUUGCCAAAUGCAACUGUUCGUGAGUGGUCUAUGGGGUGUCUUUUUCUUCAAGGAGGUACAGGGAACGGACACAAUAACCAAGUGGUUCAUUUCCGCCUCCGUUGCCGUCUUGGGAAUUGUGUGGCUAGCCCAUGAACACGAAGGAGGAUCCGGAAUGCAUCGAUUUAGAUAGUCCUGACAUCGCAACAGCGGGUGUUUGUUCAUAAAGGAGACGAUUGGUUCUCGAGCUGACGACAGCUUUGGUAGAUUAAAUUUAACGCAAACUAGGCAUAGCGACUGCGUCUCA